AUGUCUGGGGUGUGGUCGGGGCAGUGCUGGGUGUGGAUCUGGGUGUGGCUGGAGUGUGUCCCGUGUCCAUGGACCCUAUCCCACCCCCCAGGCUCCAGCUGGACAUGCCGAGCGGUGCUGGGGGACGGGCACCAGCGCACCGUGCGCAGGGUCGCCUGGUCCCCCUGUGGCUCCUACCUGGCUUCUGCCAGCUUCGACGGCACCACCUGCGUCUGGAAGCGGCAGGAGGAUGGAUUUGAGUGCGUGGCCACCCUCGAGGGGCACGAGAAUGAGGUGAAGUCGGUGGCCUGGGCACCCUCGGGGUCCUUGUUGGCCACAUGCAGCCGAGACAAGAGUGUUUGGGUGUGGGAAGUGGAUGAGGAGGAGGAGUACGAGUGUGUGAGUGUCCUCAAUGCCCACACACAGGACGUGAAACAUGUGGUGUGGCACCCGAGCCAGGAGCUCCUGGCCUCUGCCAGCUACGACGACACGGUGCGUCUGUACCGGGAGGAGGAGGAUGACUGGGUGUGCUGUGCCACCCUGGAGGGACACGACUCCACCGUCUGGGCCGUGGCCUUUGACAAGGAGGGGGAGCGUCUGGCGUCUGUCAGCGACGACAGGACCCUCCGG